AUGGCCCCUCUCUUUAACGUCCUCUACAUCGGCUUCUUAGACAGUCGGAUCAAAUGCUUAGAAGCCGAACAAUCAAAGGACGAAUUCUACCUCGCCAAGUGUGCAAUCGAUGCCGAAAUCGACGCAGUAAAUGCCAAGAUCAGGGAGAACGAGGCACUCUUUGACGGCGACGAUAACCGGAAGCUGUGGGGGGUUGGUAGGAAUAGAAGGCUGCUUGCAGAGAAGGCGCUGAUUGAGAGCAGGAGAAUACCGUUGCCGGAGAAGCCGCAGAAGCGGCUGUUGAAGAUCCGGAUGUACAAAUUGAAGAAACAUGUGUUUGGAAUGUAUGUGGAGAGGAGGGGAGCGAUCGACAUCUUGAAUCAACUUCCGCGUAACUAG